CUGACCUUACAGCGAGCGCCCAUCUUCUGCUGCCUUGUAGUAGCCCGUGAUGGUCCAGUGCCAGUCCGCUAGUGCCAGUCCGCUUCGUUGCGCAAACCACCUCAAAGCUCUGCACUGCUCCACUUGCUAGCUCACGUCGCUAGCGGCUAGCGGCAGAGGCAGCAUGACCAUUCACAAGACCAACAAGCCGCGGGUCGCGGAGGACGGCGAGUACGCGACCGCCACAUCCACGCUUCCGGUGCUCCAGUACUACCCAGCGCGGGGCCGCGCAGAGCCCAUCAGGCUGGUGCUGGCGUUUGCGGGGCAGGCCUGGUUCGAGCCGCCGCCGGACUCCAUCAGGCAGAUCCAGGCGAUCCAGCGCCGGGAAUGGGACGGCUACCCAUUCAGGCAGCUGCCCCGCUUUAUUGACGAGGUGCACGGCGAGGUGGACCUGGUGCAGGGCGGAGCCAUACUGAGGCACCUGGCGCGGAAGUACGACCUGUACGGCGGCGAGCGCGGUGACCUGGUGGCGGCGGCGCGUGUUGACAUGAUGCUGGACGGAGUGGCUGACCUGCGGGUCAAGCUGCGGGACUUGGUGGUGUCCAAGCAGCUGGCGCAGGCGGCAGUGGCCGAGUACACGGGGUCGGUGCUGGCGCCGGAGCGGGAGCUUAAGGAGCACGGCAUGAUGGGCCCCGGCCUGGCCUGUCUGGAGUACGUGCUGGCGAACAGCCGCUUCUCCGAGGCGGGCUGGUUCGUGGGGCCCCGCCCCAGUGUGGUGGACUUUGCGGCGUUCGACCUGGUUGACCUGCACCUGGCGCAGCCGCAGCUGGAGGACGCGGUGCGGGGCCGCUUCCCGCUGCUGGUGGAGCACCACGACCGAGUGGCGGGCCUGGCAGGCGUGCGCGAGUACCUGGCCAGUGACAGUCGCCACGAGGUGGUGUGGCCCGUCGACUGGAUCCGGUCGACGCCCGGGGCCGGCAGCGGCGCUGCGGGCGGCAACGCAUGAAGCUGCUUUGUGAUUCGAGUGGGCCCGUGAUGCACCCUUGCAUGCAGCUGAUGGAGUACAUGCAUUUUGGUUGCGGUGAUGGAAUAGCACCAGGGGUUAUUGACGUGCUUACGAAGCUAGUGCAAACACAGACCAAAGCAGAAGGCGUAGUUGGCUUGCAGGCGGCAGGGUUUGCAGCCCUUGGAUAGCACUCGGUGUUUCCAGCGGUUGGGCACGUCAACGCGGCUGACUGUAAAGGUUGCACUCC